GCGGUAAGCGUUGCUUCAGCAAUGCGAUCCUACUGGAACACAAGCGAGCCAUGCACGGUCUUGCCAGGAUACACAACUGUUCCUACUGCGACUAUAGUUCUGCCACCAAAGCUGGAUUAGUGGUUCACGAGCGCCGGCACACGGGCGAGCGCGAAUUCGUCUGCGAACAUUGCGGCGCGAGCUUCCACUCGCGAGCGGGGCUUGUCCAGCAUCUGCCGAUACAUUUGCCGGAGAGCAACUAUGAGUGCAACAUCUGCCAAAAACGCGAGAAAUCCAAACGGCUGCUUCAACACCACUACCACAAGGUGCACAAAGAAAAACGCCUGCGCUACCUCUGUCCAGUUUGCGAGGAUGUUUUCAAAAGCAGCAGCGCGACACGACAGCACCUGACGAAAAGUCACGGUGUGGCACGACACGACCAGUCUGCUAUACAGCGGUUUGAGUUAUCAGUUCCUGAUUCAACAUAGAGUAAAAGGCGGCGGUAGAUGAGAAUCAU